AUGUUGCUACCAAACCGAGCGACCGGAGUGGAGUGGAGUGGAGGGGGGGUAGAAGAGGUGUCUGCGAUGUGGAGCAGAAAGUUGGCCUCUUUGUCGAACGCCUUAGAGACGCGGGAAAGUCACGCCCACCGAGCGAGAGCAGCUCGUCUUCGCGGCGAAAGUGGUUCUGUCUGCACCGGGGCGGCUGUGCAGACGACGGUAUCACGAGUCGUCGUGGAGCUGUCGCUUAGGCGACUUUCACAGUCGAGCUGUCUGUCCACACACGCCUGA